GAGCAGCCUGUCCUGGUCUCCGCCUGUCAAUCACUGUGUUGGGGGCGUGCCUGAAUGUGCAGCGGGCCAAUAGGGUGUGUGUGUGGCAGUGUCUCCAUGGUGACGGGGCUGUUCCCGGGGAGGCUGUGAUGGGUUGACAGGUGCGUGACAGUCGGAGCUCUCUGCAGGCAUGUACGGCAAAGGCAAGAGCAACAGCAGCGUCCCGUCCGACAGCCAGGCCAGGGAGAAGUUAGCACUGUAUGUAUAUGAAUAUCUGCUCCAUGUAGGAGCACAGAAAUCUGCCCAGACAUUUUUAUCAGAGAUAAGAUGGGAAAAAAACAUCACAUUGGGGGAGCCCCCAGGAUUCUUGCACUCUUGGUGGUGUGUAUUUUGGGAUCUCUACUGUGCAGCUCCAGAAAGACGAGAAACAUGUGAACAUUCAAGUGAAGCUAAAGCCUUUCAUGAUUAUAGUGCUGCAGCAGCUCCCAGUCCAGUGCUAGGAAACAUUCCCCCAGGAGAUGGCAUGCCAGUAGGUCCUGUACCACCGGGUUUUUUUCAGCCUUUUAUGUCCCCUCGAUACCCUGGAGGUCCAAGGCCACCUUUAAGAAUACCCAAUCAGGCACUUGGAGGUGUCCCGGGAAGUCAGCCAUUAUUGCCCAGUGGGAUGGACCCAACACGACAACAAGGGCAUCCAAACAUGGGUGGGCCAAUGCAGAGAAUGACUCCUCCAAGAGGAAUGGUUCCAUUAGGACCACAGAACUAUGGAGGUGCAAUGAGACCGCCACUGAAUGCUUUAGGUGGCCCUGGAAUGCCUGGAAUGAACAUGGGUCCAGGAGGUGGUAGACCGUGGCCAAACCCAACGAAUGCCAAUUCUAUACCGUACUCUUCAGCAUCUCCUGGGAAUUAUGUAGGUCCUCCAGGGGGUGGAGGGCCACCAGGAACACCCAUCAUGCCUAGUCCUGCAGAUUCAACUAACUCUGGAGACAACAUGUACACUUUAAUGAAUGCAGUACCACCUGGACCCAACAGAUCUAAUUUUCCAAUGGGCCCAGGGUCAGAUGGACCUAUGGGUGGAUUGGGUGGAAUGGAAUCACAUCAUAUGAAUGGAUCUUUAGGCUCAGGAGACAUGGACAGUAUUUCCAAAAACUCUCCCAGUAAUAUGAGCAUGAGUAAUCAGCCUGGCACUCCCAGAGAUGAUGGUGAAAUGGGUGGAAAUUUCCUAAACCCUUUUCAGAGUGAGAGUUACUCCCCCAGCAUGACAAUGAGUGUGUGAUCCAUACCAAGUCUCCUCAUGCAGACCGCAGUGAGUUGGCCCUCUUCAGAGAGCUACUACAGAAGAAAAUUGCAAGUCCCAGUGUACAGUUUAACAAAAGGAUCUCAGACACAACCAGACCCACCAUCUUUUCCUACCAUCUCCCCAGUUUUGUGAAGAAAGUGGGUCCAAACAUGAUUCAAACAACUGUAAAGAGUGGCAUAACAGAACUGCCCAAGAGUGAACUGCAAACAAUUAUCUGUGUAUGUAUAAGUGCGGAUAGAUGUAUAUGUGUGUGGAUAUGUUAUAUUGACAUACAUACACACACAUAUACAUAUAUAGACCUGCAGGACAUUUGUAAAAUAGUAUCACAUGACAUCUUAAGUAGAAAUAAGAAAUAGAGACUUUUAUUCCAUCUUUUUUUCACGUUUACAUUUUAACUAUUAAAAUUUGCGUUCCCUUUGCCCCCCUCACUCCCCUCCCCCCCCCCCCCCCCGAACUGUUCUAUGCUGCGUAUAUCACUGCUUUAUAAGUUAUUUUUUAAGGUGAACCCAAAUGGUCAAUUGUUCUGAUUUUGUAAAUGUCUGCCAUCAUGGAUAGGAAUAAAAUUGCUCAUAAGAGGGCUUUCAUAAACUUGUAUUUCAUACCAGUUACCCUGUGAAUCUCAAACUGUACUCUCUCAAGAAAUAGAAGAAAGCUCAUCUUAAUUUUGUGGGGAAAUUUAAUAAUUUGUCACCUAGCUUUGGUGGUGGUUGGGUUUUUUUGUUGUUCUGUUUUGUUUUGUUUUUGUGCUUAGUACCUUUAAAAAUAGGAGCACUGAAGGAUAUUUUUCUUCCUCAAAUGAGGCCUAAUAUCUGCAAAAUCUACUUUAAAUGGAAGACUGAGUUUGCUACAAGACUCUCAGUUUAUCCAAAGUAUUUUAAAGUUGCUGUAAGUGAGCUCCAGUUGCUAUGGAACCUAGCAAUAAUGUGGCAGGGCUUCUUCAGUCCUUGGAAAUAAGUUUUCCCUUUAGCCUGAUCUUCCAUGUGCAUGGUGGCAAGUAGAAAUACAAUACAAUCCCUAUUACUGAAACCUCUUUUUCUAACAAACUACCAGCUUGUCUCCCUUUUCUGUUGAUUCUUGGCUGACUCCCAAUUAUCCAUAGUCCUGAUUAUCAGAACAUAUUUAGUGUCUGCCAAGCGAUUCAGAUAAUCAGGACUGUACUUGAUUUGUUAUUUUUCACCAGGAAUACUAAAGCUGAACUCCUUAGAAACUUUCCAGUACAGAAUCACAUUAGUGAACCAAAAUGACUGAGUAUUUUGUGGGUACUUCCCAUGCAAGGAAUGUUGGAAGGCUCAUGCCCUUAUACCAGAAAAAGAACAGGAACAGAGGUCUGAGCCUUUUUAUAAGGAAAUCAAUAUACUGUAUUUCCAAACUUUGGAGAUAGUGGGGGAAAAAGAAGAGUGAUUAUAUGGCUUCCUGCACCAUCGAAGAAAAGGGGGGAGUCUCCUAUCCCUUAAUGUAAAGCUCUAAAAUCUAAGAUUAUAUUACAUUUAAAAUGAAAGGUUGUACCUGUGUGGUAUGAAAAAAGGUGAUGUUCAGUACCUCAGGUACAAAGUGUCCGAAUUAAAUUCAUUCUGCAGAUACCAAGCAAUGUUCACCCCUCAAAAUUCACACCUCAGUGGGACAUCCCUAAAAUAUGGUGCUCACCUGCAGAUUUGUGAGGAGAAUUUUGCCCUUAAAGUGAUAAAGGGUUGCAUGUUAUGGGGUCAGUGUGCAGGUAGACGCACAUCACUGCAUGUGUCAGGAGUAGAUCAAAUUCCCUGUGAGCAUAUAAAUGAAUAAAAUUGGAAUGUCUUUUACCCCACUGUUGGAACUACAUAAAGAUUAAUCUCUUCUUAGGCACCAGGCUUCAAAUUUUAAAAAUUGUAUGAGUUUACCUUUAGUUAAAAAUAAUAAUAAUAAUGAUCAUUUGUAACCUUAAAUUAGAUAAAAGUAUUGAUAUGGUUGUUUACUUUACUCCCGGUUAUUAUUGAGUUUGAGUUCAUUUAUUCAUCUUUUGAAAAUUCAAAAUUAGACCCCCAAUCCUGCAACACACAUGUAUUUAACUUGACUACUAUGAGUAGUCUCACUGAUAUCAGUAGGACUACUCACAGUGGUCAAGUUAAAUGUGCUCACAACCUCAGUAUUUACCAGAUAAAUGAAAUAACACCUUUUGUGUAUACAUUUUCUUUUUCUCUUUUAGUUUUACAUUACCAGGAACUGUUUAGUUUAUGGAUUCCUUCAUGGGGGAAUAAAUAUGACCAUUAAAUAAAAAUGAUGCAAACCAGAAUAUAAAAUAGAAAUCAUAUCCCUUAAAAUAGAACUGUCAAAAAUGUACUAAAUUUUCAGGACUAUAAUUUUAAAGGUAAAAUCACUGUCAAAAUAUUUUCUCCUAGUUUACCUACAAUAGUAUGAUAUGCUUCUGGCAACAUAGAAUAUUUUCCUGUGAUUUUAUCCCAAUUUUAUCCCACUUGUAGCACAACCUCUCAACUUCUUGUGUCCUCGCCUCCUUUUCCAGUCCCUUCCAAAACAUUUGUGUUAAAUUAAACUGCUGAGUAGUGGGAUAGAUCCUGCAUCACUAAAGUCCGUUAGAAUUUUGUCAUUGACUUAAAAGGGAUCAGGAUCAGCCCCUACAGUACUUAGGUUGGAAUUAUAGACCCUAGUCCUGCAAAGAAUUAAACAUGUGCAUAUCUUUUCACACCUUAGUAGUCACAUAGACGCCAGUGAGACCACUCAGCUAUGUAAAGUUGCACAUGUGCUUAAGUCUUUGAACGAUCAGGGCUCUACAUAAUUAGAGAUGGAAAAAGACCCAUUUGAUCAUCCGAUGCAUCUCUUGAGUUGUUAUGACAAACUUCAUCACACAUAAGUAAUGAUCUCUGCCACUCUUACCUUCCUUUUUUAGAGAAUGAUCCUGUAAAAGUUUACAUACAUAAGUAAAGUUACUCACAUACAUGUUGGCAGGAUCAGGUGCUUAUGUCAUACAUACACACGUUCUGCAGCUAAGCCACAGGGAAUAAUAGUUGUAUUUGCUAAAUAUGCAACAUACUCAAAGGACGCCUUUAGCUUUCAAAUUUGUAUCAGGUUUUUUGUUUGUUAACUUACUUUUGCUUACAAAACUCUUUUAUAAGUUUGCAAUAUAGAGACCAAAAUUGAGAUGGAAGAAAAUUUUAUUUCCAAGCACUGAUUUUUUUCCUCCCACUGGUGUUUCUCUUGCACUAGAUGUUGAUGUGUACUGUAACUGCUGUUUGUUUUUAUGCUUAUUCACCAGCAUUGUCAGAUGCAAAUUGUCCGGAUCUGGAAGUAAUGCUAAAUUAAGGGCAACAGGUCAGCUUUCGCACUAGGUUUUAAGAUAGUGGUCUUUUUAUGUUUUUUUUUAAUAUGGAGAAGAGUAAGGCCUGAUUUGCCAAACAUUUUUUUUUCAGUAAAAUAUUUUAAAAGAGACGAGAUGGAGCCUUAGAACAUCGAAAGCAGGGAAUAGUGGGUUUUCUUUCUCUCUGUAGAGAUGCCAGUUGAAAUCUUGGUCCUAUUGAAAUGAGUAGGAGUUUUGCCUCUGAUUUCAAUGGAAGUAGGAUUUCACUGUCUGUGUAAACAUGUUCAAAGGAAUUUUCAUGUCCAUAUUUUAUUUCCACACAAAGGUUUUGUGGAGACAAUAACUCCCCUUUUAUAGUCAUUAAAAAAAGGAGUGGGUGAAAGAGGUUGUGAAUCACAAGAAAAAUAGGCUGCCUGAAAUGUACAUGAAAAAGUACCUUAAUAUUUUUAUAUAUAGUUAGGGCACUUAUAUUAUUUUGCUAGCAAAUUUGCGUGUGAAGAACUGAAGUUGAGCUCUGUGUUGCUCCUCAAUUUAUUUUAAAAUGAAUUUAGAGUUCAUGAAAGGUGCUGGAUUUGAAAGCCCUUGAGACUAGUCUUUUGUGCACCUCAUACUGCCCCGGUAAUGUGCCUCAAACUUGCUCUGGAGGGCCUACCGUUUAAAAGAGAGAAAGUAGUUCUGUCUCCAGUUCAUUAAGUCAUUAGCCUCUCUGCUGAGUGCCACAGUUGCCAAUUUUUAUUUGGAAGCCUGCUCAUUAGGAAUUGGACCACCAGCUUAUUAGACAAUCAACUGUAGUAAUAACUUUCAGUCACCAACCUGCUCCAGUUUUGAAGUAGUGACCCAUAGGUGAAAAACACCAUUUCCCAUGAACCUGAGACAUCCAUCCCCCUAUGAGCUUUGUAUUUUAAAGGGAAAUAUUUUAGUUUAAAUAAUUAUUUUGAGUAGCUCAAACUAGCAGAGGUGAUUAAAAACUUUUUUCUGUGUGAAUCAUAGAAAUAUGGGGUUGUAAGGGACCUCGAGAGAGAAGACUAAGUAUACCUAGACCAUCUGUGGCAGGCAUUUGUUAAACUUGUUCUUAAAAACCUCCGAUGACAGGGAUUCCACAACAACGCUUAAUAACCUAUUGCAGUAAUUAACUAUCCUUCUAAUUUGAAAGAUUUUCCUAAUAUAUGACCUCAUCUCCCUUGCUGCAAAUUAAUCCAAUUACUUCUUGCCCUAACUUUUGUGGACACAGACAACAAUUAUUCACCAUCUUCUUUAUAACAGCCCUUAAAUUUGCAGACUGUUAUCAGGUCCCCCCCAAGUCGUCUUUUCUCAAGACUAAACAUGCAGUUUUUUAAACCUUUCCUUAUAGGUCAGGUUUUCUAAACCUUUGAUCAUUUGUGUUGCUCUCCUGUGAGCUCUCUCCAGUUUGUCCAUAUCUUUCUUGAAGUGUGGUGCCCAAAACUGGACACCAUACUCCAGGAGGCUGGAAUCUUUGCAUCAGAAGGAUAACAAAUUCCUACAGUGGCUAAAACACAUUUGGAUUUUCCCCUGUCCCAUGAUUAGCAGAUGAAAUACUGUAGUAGAGAGGGUUUGGAAUUAGAUGGGUAAUUUAAUGAGGGACCAGCUGUUACAAUAUUCAGAGUUGUAUAUUUUAAUUUUUCCCCUUGAUAUAAUGACUUUUCAGCUGAUAAAUAUUGCACUGAUGUCUAUUUCCUGGGUCAUUUAAUUAUUUGUUAAGUAUUUUAGCUCUGUUCCUAGCCAACUCUAGUAUUUUUUGUUGUUGUUAAAUAUGGGCUAAAUUCUGCAAGAUUUGGUCCUAUACAUUGAAAGUUGGAGAGCACAACAAAUUUAGAGAUUAAUGAUGCAAAAAUAAAAUUGCCAGCAGAAGUAAAUUGCAAGUGAUGAUAUAGCACCUGUUCCAAUCCCAUUUGGGUUUGUUUGGGUGACUUUGAGGGUGGGAAUCAUGUUGAAGCACAUAGCUUGCAAAUAAAAACUGUUAAACUCCCUUCCGUACAAGUGACAACUCAUUUCUCUUCAAACAAGCUGAUGUUUGCGGCAAUUUAAUAUUAGCAAAUGAUCACAUUAAGGUUCUAUCUCAAUAUUUCAUGGUGCAAAAAACAGAUAUAAAACAUUCAGUCCAGCCCUGAAAUGUAAAUGAGUUAUGCUUAAAUACGUUCUGUAUGUAACUUCCUUUGUUUCUCCAGACAUGAUUUGUCUGGUGGUGCAAGCCCUUACUCAUGUAAGUUGUCCCAUUGAAGUCUUGAUGCAACUGCUCAUGUGAGAAGCAGGUUUGCAGGAUUCCUCCCCCAAUUGCAAGAAAUACAUGGUUUUAUUUGGCUUGUAAUCUUAGUUAGCCAUAUACAUAGGUACAGCAAAAUGUAAAGGGCAGGUUAAAAUCAACAAAAUGAUGUUGGUUAUGAAGGGAAAGAGUCCAAUGAGCUCUUCAUAGGUACAAAUCAUUGCUUUGACUGCACACGUUACCGGUAGUUCAAUUUACCAAUAUUAUCAUAUUUGCAACUUGUUACGGUAAUAAAUUUAGAAUUAAUAAUUGGACCUUCCACUCAAAAAAUGUACUAAAACUCUGAUCCUGCAAACACAUGAAGUCAAUGGGAUGCCUCACAGGCUUAAAGUUAAGCAUAUGUAUAAGGAUUUGUAGGAUUGGAGCCUAAAUUGUUCAUUCUUGAGUCUUCCCUGAAUAGACACUUUAUUUUUUAUCAAUGCCAGAGUGUAUUUAUGCAUCAAUUUAAUUGAUACCUGGAAUGGGAUUUGGCUUUCUUCUGUUUCUUAAUUUCUCAAACCUCUCUCCACAGCUUCCUAAAAUAUUUCUGUGAACGUGUCCUUUCAUCUUGUUUUAAAUUGUGCAUUCAUAUUUUUUCAUUAAAACAGUUAACAGCUGUGCAUUUUUUAUCCAAACUCACGUUUGGUUACUGUUCAUCAUUUAAGUUUAAAAUAUAUAAGGAAGCCUCUCAUGUAAUGGGAAAACUUGCCAUAAAAAUGUAUAAAGGUGUAUGCCCUUUUCUUGGGUACAUGUUUUCACAUUUAAUAAAAACGCAGUUUCCAUUUAUAACUUGAAACCUUCAGUUUCUAGCCACCAUUUAAUUUCUAUGUGUAAAGGAGGUAGAAAAAUAAAUUGCUUUUGUUUUUCAUUUGGAUUCAGCAUCUUAAAUAUUUGCUGAAUGACACAGCUUUGAGAAAUUGGAUCAAUACAUUUUUAUUCAAUCAUUGUUAUCAAUAACAAAUAACAUUCAAAAACUGUGAUUCCUAAAAUCAAAUGUGAGAAAAUUAUAAAGGCUCUAUUCACAAAUAUUUGAGUUUUAUGUUUGCACCAGUUUUUUAAACUGUAUAUGAUGGAUGGCCAUCUGUGGCCAGUUAGCUGUGUAAGGCUUUGUAUUUGCAUUAAGCAGACACUGAACGACACAAAGUGAACACACUGGCAUGCGCACAGAGUAUGGUAAGUAAUGGAUGAUUCAUCUACAAGAGUACACAAAGCCAUUCGCUAAAUUCCAGAUACUCUCAUGUGUGACAGUCUCUGCUGCCUAGUUAUUCACUUCUGUAAAUGCUACUGUGUGCGUUCAGAUGAUGGUGCAUUUGGGGGCUUCCUUCCGAUGUUUAUAUGCCAAGAAGAGAAUCCCCAGUUUCAUCUUACUAACAGCAAAAAUUUGGUGGCACUAGAGUCUAUAUAGAGAAUCCAGGGCAAACGUGGAUGCUCUAAACAAGAUUUUGUAUUUUCUCAGUGCCCUGUUUUACUGAAAUGGGGAAUAGGAGAACUGAAACACAUGGAAAGUAGGAUUGUAUAAUUGAUAUUUACUCCUGCCCCUGCACAGAAGGAAAUGAUAACAAUUACUUCUGUACCCACUUUUGACAGAAACCAAAUAAAAUGAAACCACUAUUAAUAAUUAAUUGAUGUGAAAAUUACUACAAUGUAAUGGUGCUAAUAUCACUGAGGAGGCAAAUUAUCAGCCGUGUAAAUUAGCUGUUCCUAGGUUUUAUUUAUAGAGUUAAUGUCUAUAUUCCUUUUUUCUCCUCUCUCUUUGGAUGUUGUUUUCCACCUAUCCUGCUGCAUGCCUGCUGUUUGCACAAAAAUCGUGUGCAAUUGCUGCAAGAAUAAUUUACACAAAAUCCAUGCAAAAUGUUGCUUACAUUUGUGAAUAGAGUCCUAACUGUACAUAGAUUAUUUCGUUAGAGAUGUUGCAAUAAACAUUUUUUGUGUAAGAAAUAGCCUGUUUCCUCAAGGCCUGAUCCUGCACAUUGCUAGGAAUCCUCAGCACUAGAGAUUAGGGAAUGUCGCAUCUCACAGGAUUGUGCUCUAAAUCAGGCCACAGACACUCUGUGGCUCUUAAAGUGAUCUAAAACAAGAUCUAUGCUGUUUCCCAUAGAAAUGGGGAGAAAAAUCCAUUCUGAAUAAAACACACUAAAUUGAAAUAGAAGGAUGCAACACUGCUUUACUAAAACUGUCCUUAGAAAGUCCAUGAUUUGAGAAGUGUACUUUAUCAGUGAAAAACUAGUUAGCGACACACAUCAACAAAAGAGAUAGACAAGAAUCGGUAACUGCUCUGUUCUUCAAUAUAUAAGUGCAGCCCCCAGAGGCUAUAGGUCCCAGUGGGAGACCAUUCAGACGAAGGUGAGGUCCCCCUCUUAAACAAGAGAGAACAUUACAGACUGUGACAUAUAAUCGCCAUAGCCCAUGACUAUUAUAAAUAAGGGAUGGGCAAAGUCUGAGUGCCUUGCCUUUUGACAACUAGACUAAGAGUACAUAAGAAAUUAAAGUGUUUGCAGAAAACUGAAAGUUGAUAUUUUUUAAAUUAUACUUUUAAACAAUAUUAUUCAGAAAUUUGACAUUCAAAAAUGUCAAUAAAAUAUUUCCCAGAGCUAUUAAAAAGUUUCUAAAGAACUCCCAGUUUUUAUUUGACUUACCACCUUUCAGAUGAUUCUUAAAUGAAAAAAAAAUCCUAAUCAAAAACAGAAAAAUCAGCAUUAAACAAUGGUAUAAAUGAAGUGGAAGCUGGAGCUUUGUGGGCUUUUUUUAUUUCUAAUAAAAAUUUAAGUUUCAGGAAAAAAAUCUUUACAAGAAACGUCUAUAAAUUUGUAGAGGCAAUUAAAGAAAUGUAAAUCAAAUUGAUUUAAUUGUGCAAAGACCAACUUUGAUUUGGGCUUUUUGUGGCAAGUAUCCCCUUGCAAAAAAUAUUGUGGUGCAUCUACUAUUGUUUUCCUUUUCGUGUGUAUGUGUGUGCGUGUGCACAUGCAUGCAUAUGCCUAAAGUUAAAAACCCUUUAUUACAUACGUUGGCCUUUCGUGCAUCUGGCAGUGUCUGCUUACUGUUGGGGGGAAGGAAGAAUUUACUAUCUGGUGGAUUAUAUCUAUUUCAGUUAUUUAAAGCAUUGGUAAACUAUUGUCAACUUGUUCACAUUUGCACAAGACAUUCUAUGUAGAAAAUGUAUAUUUUUUAAUGCUGGCAUUAUAACUUAGGCAAUCAUGCAUAUUCUGUACAUUAUUGUAGGUUUUGUGUAAGAAAUCUUGUCACCAUUGCUUAAUACUGUACAUUCUUGUUUCAAAGCAAGAGGUGGCUUCUGAUUGAACAGCCAUGUGUAUUUUAUGGUACUGUAGUACUUGUUCUGUUGUCAAAACUUGCUGUUCACAUGUGGUUAAAGCCUUGUUAAGCACG